AAAUGAAGACCGAGUUCAAAUCCUGCGGCGGCUGCUCGGAGCAAAUCACCGACCGGUACAUCUUCGAGGUGAGCGGGUGCGCGUGGCACGGCGCCUGCCUCCGGUGCAGCGUCUGCUACUGUCCGCUCGAGCGGCAGGUUUCGUGCUACUUCAAGGACGGCGAGGUGUACUGCAAAACGGACUACAUCAAAAAGUACAAAGCAGCUUGCACGAAAUGUUCUCGCUCGAUUUCGCCGUCGGACUGGGUUCGGAGGGCACGGGACUUUGUGUUCCAUUUGGCGUGCUUUUCGUGUGACACGUGCAGUCGGCAGCUGUCCACGGGGGAACAGUUUGCGAUCAUCGACGACCGGGUGCUUUGUAAGGCGCACUACAUGGAGCUGAUUGACGACGGGACGACUUCCAGUGAGGAUGGCUGUGACGUGGACGGGACUGGGAAGAACAAAACGAAGCGGAUAAGGACGACCUUUACGGAGGAGCAGAUACAGAUUCUGCAGGCCAACUUUCAGAUCGAUAGCAAUCCCGAUGGGCAGGACCUGGAGCGGAUAGCACUGGCCACCGGGCUGAGCAAACGCGUGACCCAGGUGUGGUUCCAGAACUCGAGGGCACGGCAGAAGAAGCACGGUGAGCUAACCUCCCCAGUCAUGAUGGACUCCAUGGCCAUGGGACAUGUCGAUUCUAACCGCUUUGUGUCGUUUGCAGUCCCGCGGGGUCAGGAGCUGUUCAACGGUCUGCGGUCGGACAUGAACAACAACAGCAGCAGCAACGACAGCCCCAGAGGAACUCCGAUGGACGAGUGCGCAAUGGCCAAGGCUUCGAUCUUCAACCACCACGGGUUUAUCAAUUUGAUGGUGUGACACGAGGCCGCCGCCGCCAGCAGCAACAGCAGCGGACAUCAUCACCAUCCGACGACGAUGGGUGGCCUUGAGCAUCACCAGCAACAGCAACAGCACGUUGGCUACUCCUGAGGAUAGUUGACCACGCCGGAAUGGACCACCUUCGGGAGGCCCUAAAGGUUCUGCAACGAUCCGAGAGCACGUUAGCCCACCGAAAAUUGCCAGCACGACAACCUGGGAAGACGAAGGAAACCUGAACACGAGAUAGCCACAAAACCAGGGACAUUUCGAAAGUUUGCAUCGCGCAAUACGAAGUUUGUACAGUUCUCACCGUUGGC